UGUUAUAGGUUAUUCGAGAAUCAAUUACUAACUGCAUAUAACACGUCUAAUGUAAAUAAUGUACAUAAGUUGCACACAUAUACGGUGCUAUGUAAAGAGGAAUCAAAUGUUGAGAAAUGUGUCAAAGCUUUGAAAGAAGAAGCACAAAAAGCAGUAGAAAAACCAGUGAUCGUUACACGUCAUCCAUUUAAUGAGACCACAUUAUCAAUUAAUAAACGUGAACUCCAUACAGGGACCAGGCUUAAAAAGGAGGAAUCAAUAGUGGAACAAGCUGUUAAGGCUUUAAAAGAGGAAAAGGAUGUCGUAAAGGAGAAAGACAUUGCACCAGCUCCUGCACCAGAAGCUGCCAUUGUGAAACCAACUUUAUGGCAUCGUUUUGUUGCGGAGGUGAAACAUUAUUACAAUGGCUUCAGAUUGCUGUUUGUGGAUAUCAAGAUUGCAUGUAGAAUGCUGUGGGGCGUCCUCAAUGGAAAGUCACUCUCCAGGAGAGAGAGAAAGCAGUUGGUGAGAACAACAGCAGACAUGUUUCGACUGGUACCAUUCCUAAUCUUUGUUAUUGUGCCAUUUAUGGAGUUCUUCUUGCCUGUUGCCUUGAAGCUCUUCCCAGGAAUGCUGCCCAGUACAUUUAAAGAAGAGAAAAAAGAGCAAGAAAAGAUUCGCAAGAAACUGAAAGUCAAACUUGAGAUGGCCAAGUUCCUUCAAGAGACUAUAGAGGACUCUGCGGUUAGGAACAAACAGGCUAAGGGAGAUAAAGUUGAAGCAUUUGCCUCUUUCCUUGAUAGGAUUCAACAAUCAGGGUCAUUUGUCGCCACAGAUGAAAUUGUGAAAUACUCCAAGGUUUUCGAAGAUGAGAUUACUCUGGAUAAUUUGUCUCGAGCUCAGCUAAUUGCACUGUGUAAAGUGCUAGAGAUUGCACCAAUAGGCACCAAUAACUUCUUGAGAUUCCAAUUACGAAUGAAGUUACGAGAAUUGAAAGCAGAUGAUAAGAUGAUACAGAAGGAAGGUAUAGAUUCUCUGACUGUAAAUGAACUCCAAGCCGCCUGUAGAGCCAGGGGCAUGAGAGCCUUAGGGGUCCCUGUUCAGAGAUUAAAGCUCCAGCUAGACCAAUGGAUCGAUAUCCAUCUGAAUGAGAAGAUCCCCACGUCUCUGUUGCUGCUUUCUAGGGCUUUGUUCCUCACUGAGACGGUCCCUACAGAAGAUGUAUUAAAGGAGACUAUUUCUGCCCUCCCUGAAAGCACUGCACAAGAGGCGAAGAUCAAGGUGGCUGAGGUAUCUGGUGAGAAAGUGGACAACACAGCCAAACUGGAGUUGAUCAGACAGGAAGAGGAGGCAAUCAAGAGGGAACAAGAGGAGAUGAAGGAAACAGAGGAGAGGGAGGAAAGAGAAGCAAAGCUAAAGGAAGAGAGCGAGAGAGCUGCUGCUUUGGCUGCUGAAGAGGCUGCUGAGGUGGAUGAAGCACUUAGGGAUACGGCUCCUAGAGUGAUGAUGAAUGAAGAAGAAGAACUCAUUGAAGAGGUCGAGAAGGAAGAAGAGAUAUCUGCAAAAGACCUCGAGGAAAUUGAGUCUGCUUUAGAGAACAUUGCUGAAGAGAAGAACCUUAAACUGGAACAAGAUGAACUGGAACAUCUCAAAGAAGAUGUCAGCGAAUACCAGGAGGACUUGCAAGACUUGAAGGAGAUUGUAGUUGCAAGUGGUGGAAAUGAAAAAGAUGUAUCUGAGUCUAAAGUGGCUAAACGUUUGAGUAAGCGUGUCGACAAGAUGCUUCAGUCCAUGGGAAGCCUCAUUGACCAAAUGCAUGCUGAGAAGGAGGGACUCAUUGAGGAGAUUGAAGUGAAGGAGGUCAGGGUAAAGAGAAGUCAAGAGCUUAGAGAUGACAUGGAAAAACGACAAGAAGUUCUUGACUUCAUUGAAAAGAAAAGGGAUAAUGUGAUCACAAUUAAUGAGCUUGUGCUAGCCAUGAGACGUAUACAGAAGGUUCCUGAUGAUAUGAGAAUACAGAAGAUCGCUGAAGUGCUGGACGCUGACCACGAUGGAGAGAUCAAUGUGGAUGAUGUCAUGAAGGUGAUUGACUUGCUUGGCCAAGAGAAUGUAAAGAUCAACACUAAAGACAUGAGUAAGAUCAUUGAACUGCUCCGUAGUGAAACUGAAAUUGAGGAAGAAGAAAAGUGUAAAGAGAAGGAAGAAAAGGAGGCCAAUAAGCUGGAUGACAAAAUAGAACAGCAAAAUUAGAUUUUUUUAAAUCCGAGGGAGGGAGUUUACUGGAGAUAGUAGCCAGUAUAUUAGAAACAGUGUCAGGGUACCUGCCUGUGCCAUAUAUACAUAACAAUUUAAUCAAAAUAAAAAUGAAUCACUUUGAAGAACUGAAUUCAUAUUCAAAUGCUUUGGAGUUCUGAUGCUUGAACCGAAGAAAUCCGAGACAUACAAUGUGAUAGACUUCUCUCAGAUUAGGCUUCUAAAUAAGUAAAAAAAAUGUAUCUGGUAACCUACUGUAGAAAAUGAAUUUACGCUUGCAACGUUAACCUAAAAUCAUAUGUUGUGAAUUAAGCUUGUAGCAAAUAAAAAACAUUAAGAGAUUAAGAAAUGAAUUAAGUGGGAGUUUUUAAAGAUGUACAAACUAAUGCAAGCAGUGAAUUGUUGCUGUUUUAUUAACACAUGUUAAACUAAAAGCUCUGCCGAUAGAUGCUUAAAACAUGUUGUAAAAUAGACAAAAAUACAGUGUAUGUUUAUAGAUAAAUUAAUGUAUAGAAAUUUAUUUAUUUAUUAAUUAAAAUUGGCCAAGUUGUAAUGAUUGUGUAUUGUAAAAUGUCAAAUUU